GUUUAUGAUUCCAAAUUGCAAUAAUGGCUGGGAAAGAGUGGGGAAAAGUGGAAGGUUUUGUUUUAAUUCAAUGUACAAACAGUUAAGCUAUUUUUUUAGUUUUUAUUUAAUAGAAAUCCAAUAACUCGAUGAAAAAUGAAUGGGUUGAGUUUUAGUGAAUUGUGUUGCCUGUUCUGUUGUCCGCCUUGUCCCAGUAGAAUAGCUGCAAAAUUGGCUUUCUUACCACCAGAGCCAACGUACGAAUUUGUGUCAGAUGAAAAUGGAAAAUGCAGUUUUGCUCUAACAGAACGUGCCGAAUGGCAGUUUUCAGAAAGAGAAAAAGAAAAUGUAGAAGUGUUUUUUACCAGAACCAACAGGGGAAACAGAAUAGCUUGCUUAUUUGUUAGAUGUAGUAGUACAGCUAGGUUUACAAUUUUAUUCUCUCACGGAAAUGCCGUGGAUUUGGGACAGAUGAGCAGUUUUUAUUUGGGUUUAGGUUCAAGAAUAAACUGCAACAUAUUUAGUUAUGAUUAUUCAGGGUAUGGUGUUAGUGCUGGGAAACCAUCAGAGAAGAACUUAUAUGCAGAUAUUGAUGCUGCUUGGCAGGCACUCAGGACUAGGUAUGGUAUUAGCCCAGAAAAUAUCAUACUCUAUGGGCAAAGCAUUGGAACUGUACCAACAGUCGACUUAGCUGCAAGAUAUGAAGUUGGGGCUGUGAUACUCCAUUCUCCCCUCAUGUCUGGAAUGAGGGUUGCCUUUCCUAACACUAAGAGAACUUGGUUUUUUGAUGCCUUUCCCAGUAUUGAUAAAGUUCCCAAAGUGAUGUCACCAACUUUAAUAAUCCAUGGUACUGAAGAUGAGGUGAUAGACUUUUCACAUGGGCUUACCAUCUUUGAAAAAUGUCCAAAAGCUGUGGAGCCUCUCUGGGUAGAGGGAGCAGGUCAUAACGACGUGGAGUUGUACUCAGUCUAUUUGGACCGACUUAGGCAAUUUGUGAUGGUUGAACUGGAUAACUGACAAAUGUUGACUGGGGAAGAAGUGACAUUUAGUUCGGGGACUUCAAGCUCAGUGGGUGAAAAGUUACUCUAGUGAUUUAUUCAUUUACAUUUCACCAGUGUGUCUCAGUAUAUGCAUACUCGAGAGACUACCUGCUAUAUUGCUAAUUUUGAAUUUUCUACUGUAUAUAUUGUUAACUGAAUUUUAUAUCGAUUGCGGAAUGAGUAUCAGAUGACAAUCUUUUUAAGGUGAUGCAAUAUUGAUACAUGGAAACUUACCAUUUUUUUAAUACUUUUUCAGUACUUACAGCAUAUGCAGAUUGGUGAUAUAAGUAUCCACUGCAGUAUUUGUAAAUAUGAUCAGGAUUACCUGCUAUUCAGUUUUUUCAAUACCAUCAGACUUUGAAGUUAUGUGUUUUGCAUUCACGAUCUUCACAGCUUGUUACUCUUGUCUAUGAUACAUAAAAAAGAAGCUUGUAAAAGUGUAUGUGGAAAUAUGGCGUAAAAUAGCAAGUUAUUCAAAUUCUUGUGAUCAAGACUGCAUUGUAGAUUAUUUGCAUUGGAAUUUUAAAAAGGUUUUGGAACUGAUGUGUUCCGUGAGUGUUUUUUUUUUGAGAUGAGUCAAUACUCUUCUUGUGAAAGGAUCUCAUUAAUGUGGAAUUUAUAUUUUAGUUUUCAGAGCAUUGUGUUUCAUGUGUGAAAAUCAAAUAGUUAGAAAAAACACUUCCUACAUUUUUUCCAUUCUUGUUGAGUUGAAAAGUACAGUUGCAUGAUAAUUCCCUAUUCAACGUGCAAUACAAUAUUUUUAAGGUGCAUAGUCUAGGCUAAGCUAAAAUUCGGUGAAAUUGAGAGACAGAAAAAAUGGGAGUUUUUUCUACGAUCUUAUUGACCUCAUCAUAGAUAAAAAUACGCCACAUUGCCAUUUUACACACAAGAUUUAACAUGAGUGACGGUAGUUUGUUUCAUUGGUUUUUUGACAUACGAAAAAUCGAGAGUCAAUCGAGGUUGUAGGACAAAAAAGCCCUUUAGUUGUAUCAGCGCAAUGCUCUGAAACACGUGGCACAAAAUCGACAAGUUUUUGGUUUGUGUUAACUAUCAGGUACCUGUUUUACAUCGACAAUUUCUUCAUGAACUUAUUCAGAUGGAUUUCUUCAAGGUUAUCCGGAUUAUACUUUGGGGUGUUCACAUCGAUGGACAAUUUAAUGGAUUAUUUGUCUAGCAAGAAUUUGUUGUGUGGUUGGCACCAUGGAAUUUGACGUCCAACUUGUCAAAAAUUAGAACCAAUUUCGUGAAGAAAUCCACGAAUAUCUUCAUGGAUUUAAUUAACGUCAAAUUCCUGUUUUAUACUUUUGAAAUUUGGCCAUUCAUGAAAAAAUCCCUGGAUUUUUUGUCAAUGUAAAACGGGUAUAAUAUAUCUUAUUUGUUCAAGCCGUUUAUUUUUCUUAGAGGUUAGUUUUGUUUCUUUUAUGGUAUGAUUAGAACACCAACAAAUAUAAAAAUGAUCUGGCUUUUAUCUAAGAAUCGGUGUAGUCAUAGCAUAGGGGAUAAUUUUUUGAUUUUGAGUUAAAAUUGCUUUAUCCAAGACAUUCUACUGUUAAGUAUUGUCAAGUCAUAUGGGUCUUUAGUUAGCUACUACUUCUUGUCGUUUUUUUUAGUUUGAGCAUUUUUAAUCAUGGAAAUAGUAACUAAUCAAAAUCCCAUUCGAUUUUGUGGCUGGUCCCGGUACAUUGGAAGUAACCCUUAUUAUCUGCAUAUUUUGUGCCUAUCCUUCGUAUUGCUAGGAUUAUUUGAUAUAAUUUAGAUGUAUGAAUCAAAAUAUCAUCCAAAAAGAUAUGAGAUGCAUUUCAAUUUAUUUAAGCUGAUGUAAUGUUUAAUGUAUUAGUAUUGAAUCGACUUAUUUAUAUAAAAUACCAUCUCAUAACGUCGCCAAAAAGGUUCUAAACAAGAGAUCGUGCACGCAUAUAUGUAGUAGUAGUCAAGUUGAAGGGAUUUUUAUUCCCGAACAACUUACUCCAGAAUAAUCUGUCACAUACCAACCAAAAAGCACAUAACCUCAAGACGGUUUGACAUAUAAACUUGAAACAUAUGCUGAACUUUUGCGGAAACAUUGUAAUUGGAGAUCUAAAAGUAUCUCACGUUUUUAUUUAUUUUUCAUAUAUUCUGAAUCAUGGAACAUUUUAAAUACCUUUUGACAUAUUUAUACGUUUUCAUAUUUAUUAACUUUCAAAUCCUUGAACUGGAAGUUGGUGUUUCUUCAAUAACCCUAGAAUAGUAUCCUUCAUUGCAAUAUGUUUCCUGUUUCUUACAAAAUACAAAUUAUUUUCUAAAAUUCCUAUUAAACACCUUAUUUAGAUUAUAAAUUUAACUUGUAUCUUGAAUGUUAACUUAUUCAAGAAACAUCAUCUAAAAACUUGACCAACCAGUGAAAAUAAAAGUAUGUAUAUAAGUACAUAGGACCCAGAGAAAAAUUUUCCAAUCUGAUCAAAAAUCUCAAAACAUUCUCACAAAUUUUUAACCGUUGUCAAACUCGAUAAAUCCUCUAGAUCUAGUAUAUUAUUUUCGAAAUCUCCAUUCCAAUUUUCCCAAACACCCAAAACGUUCAAUAACUACAAAUGCCUUAAAUGUAUAUAUUUAUGAUAAUUUCAAAGUUGUGCAAUUAGCAAGCCAAAAAACAAUAUAUACUCCUGCUUAGAACCUUUUUCGUACCAUUUAGUUAUAAUCAUUGAAGUUAAUUUUUUACAGAAACUCAGCUGUGUAAAUUUUAUGUAUGCAAAUGUUUUUGUGUAAUACGGAUUUUUCAUUGAUAAAUAUAAAAACAAUAUGGAACAACUA